GUGUACCACAAGAGCGACCCAUCAGGAAGGAUGGCAGCUCGAACACAACCUGCGGUCUGGCCUCUCGAACAUGGCUCCUGGCACCGUCCUGACGGGCGAUGGCCGGCCGCGCCCUUUACAAGGGGGUAAUGGACCGAGUUCGGGGUUUCUGAAUGAGGACCGAAAUUCAAUUCAAUCUGAAUCACGAGCUCAGUCGCUAGUAUAAAAUAGAGUGGCGUCUCCUCGACGGCGGCCCGAUAACGGCAGUCUUGGAGUUGUGAACAAUUCAUCCCAAGACUCGGGCGAUCGAUCCCCUGGUUCCCGCACAAAACAACAUGGCUACCGCUGUCUCGGAAGAUGUGGCUAUACACGAAGGUACCGCGCCGAGCGACGACCGGGACGCCCACAACGACUCCGAGAAAGUGGUGCCGCUCGAGGAUGCCGUCGACGAGGAAUCGGGUACGCGCUCGCCGCAGUCGGGCCAGCAGCUCCAGCGAUGGAACGACCCUGCCGUGAACAUCUUCCGGUACUUCUCUAUCCUCUACAGCUUCAUUCUCAUGGGCAUGACAGACGGCGCACUCGGUGCCCUGCUGCCAUACAUCGAGUCCUACUACUCCAUCAGCUACACGGUCGUCUCGCUCGUCUUCCUCUCGCCCUUCGCCGGCUACCUCCUGGCGGCGCUGCUCAACAACCAGAUCCACCACCGGCUGGGGCAGGUGGGCGUCGCCUUCAUGGGGCCCGUGUCGCGGCUGAUCGGCAUCGUCCCGCUCGUGUUCCACCCUCCCUACCCGGCGCUGCCCGUCAUCCUGCUCUUCACUGGCUUCGGCAACGGCAUCGAGGACUCGGCCUGGAACGCCUGGGUCGGAAACAUGCACCGCGCCAACGAGCUGCUCGGCGUCCUGCACGGCGGCUACGGCCUCGGCGGCACCAUCGGCCCCCUCAUCGCCACCGCCAUGGUGACCAAGGGCGGCCUGCCCUGGUACACCUUCUACUACGUCAUGAUCGGCCUCGACGGCCUGGUGCUGUUCCUCAUGGUGCCGGCCUUCUGGCGGGCCACGGCCGAGGUGCACCGCGCCGCCGUGCGAGCGGGGUACGCUGGAGAAGACAGCGGCGACGGCCGAGGCGGCGAGGGCGAGGAGGGCAAGCGCACCACGACGCGGACGGUGCUCCGGUCGCCCGUGGUGUGGCUGGUAGCCCUCUUCCUGCUGGGCUACGUGGGCGCCGAGGUGUCGCUGGGCGGGUGGAUCACCACGUUCAUGCUCCGGGUGCGGCACGCCGAGCCGUUCCUGGCCGGCCUGACGUCCACCUUCUUCUGGCUCGGCCUGACGGUCGGGAGGGUCGUGCUGGGCUUCGUGACGGGCAAGAUCGGCGAGAAGGUGGCCAUCGCGGCGUACCUGCUGCUCUCGGUGGGCCUGCAGCUCCUGUACUGGCUGGUACCCAACAUCGCCGCCUCGGUCACCUUUGUUACCUUUCUGGGCUUCUUCCUGGGGCCCCUCUUCCCCGCCGCGGUGGUGGCUGCCACCAAGCUGCUGCCGACCAGCUACCACGUGUCGGCCAUCGGGUUCGCCGCGGCGUUUGGCGGCGGCGGCGCCGCCCUGUUCCCCUUCGCCGUCGGGGCCAUCGCGCAGAGCAAGGGCGUCGAGGUGCUGCAGCCCAUUGUGCUGGCCAUCCUGCUCUUCAUCCUCUUGAUAUGGCUGAUGCUGCCCGGCGGACUCAAGACGGGAGGCUUGGAGAACGCCCGAGACAACAACGAAAGCGUCGGCGAUGGGUUUAGGAAAGCCUUCGCCUGGUUGAAGGAGAGGUUACAACCAAAGAGGGUCUGAUCCGAGACGUUGGAUGAAUCAAGAUGAAACAAAAGAAAGGAAAAAAAAAUCACCAAAAACUUUCAUACCGUCCGGGUUAGGGUUGACUUUGAUCAGGAGGUAAUAGCAUACGGAUACACCCACUACUGCGGAGAGUACCGACGGCUCCGCGGGAGCGAAAGGAAGCGCGGGCGCGGGAGUGUUACCAGGGCGAGGGGUAUGUGUGCUGGAAGUUACAAGAUAUUGCAGCCCGGUGCUGCCACCCCCUACAGUUCGAAACGCCCGUCUCAAUAGUCUAAGCUAAAUAUAUUUGGGGUAGGUUAUUAGCUCGUCAUUCACCAAAUUAGUAAUGGUAACCAAGAAUAAAGAGCGUCUCGAAUGGUCAACGAAACCCAGUGCCGCAAUACAUCUUCAAUUA